GUGCCCUUCCGCCGGAAAGAGGAAGGAGAGUGAGGGAGAGCGAUGGCGCCCGGCGGCGCCCUGAGAGUGUGAGCCCCAGCCAGGCCCCGCCGGCCUCCCCUCCCUCCCCCCCGCCCGCCUCCUCCCUCUCGGGGCUCCGGCCCAGGCCGCCUCCGUCCGCCUCCCCCCCCCUGACGCGCCUUCUCUCUCUCUCUCCCCCCUCCAGGCUGGUCUGCGGGGACGUGGAGGGUCGCCUGGGCUCCCUGUACAGCCGCGUCCAGGCGGCGCAGAGCAAGAGCGGCCCCUUCGACGUAAGGGCGCCCCUUCCCCUCGUCUCCUCCGCGCGCGGCGGGCGCCGAGCCUCCUCCGGGCCUCCUCCUGAACGUCUCCCUUGUCUUCUCUUGCAGCUCCUCUUGUGCGUGGGGAACUUCUUUGGCUCGGCCCAAGACCCAGAAUGGGAGGAAUACCAGACGGGAGCCAAGAAAGGUAGGGCGAGGAAAACGGGGAGCGGAUACAAAGCUGGAAAUGAAUGAACGGCAGCUAAAGUCUUAGGCUCCUUUUUCACAUGGUCUAGGCCUUAUCUGUAGACUGCAAAAAACAAAGCCAUGCUUCCCCUGCCCGCCCCCCCAGGGUCCUCCUAUCUUUCCACUCUGUAGUUUUAAUCUGAAAUCUUAGGCACACUCCUGCACCUAGAGCUCAGAAACUGCUCAUGCUAAUGAAAUUCCCUGUCACAAAAUGCGCACAGAACAAUGGGCGUUUCAAACCCUGACUCCCAGCCCCUCUCCCUCACCUCAGGCUGUUUUCCAGCCAAGGUGAUGAUCUGUGUCUGGGCUGCAGCCCUUCAGACUUUCACUGUGGGGUCACACAUCUGCAGCGUUCUCCCUGUGAAGGACCCCUUUCCAUGUAGGAAGCUCACUCUCUUUCUAGCCUACACCACAGUGCCCAGUCAUAUCUUUUUCAAAAGCCAGCCCUUUCUCUGAAAUGAAUUGUCUGUGGAGAAAGAAAUAAUAAUUAAUCAAUUUAUACCCCAUCCAUCUGGCUGCAUUUCCCCAGCCACUCUGGGCGGCUUCUAACAAAAGAUUAAAAAGACAUUAAAACAUCAGUCAUUAAAAACUUCCCUAAACAGGGCUCCCUUCAGAUGUCUUCUAAACGUCAGAUAGUUGUUUAUUUCUUUUACAUCUGAUUGGAGGGCGUUCCACAGGGCGGGUGCCACCACCAAGAAAUAACAGCCCUGCAAAGUUCAUCUCAUUUAGGCCACGGUGGCUUUGUCUCCCUCAGCUCCUAUACAGACAUACGUCUUGGGUGCCAACAACAGUGAAACAGCACAAUGUUUUCCAGAUGCCAGCGGAUGCGAACUAGCGGAGAACAUCACUUACCUGGGUAACUUUAUGCUUAUUGUUUACUACAUUUAAUUAAAAGGAAGGGGGGAAAUGUCUGAGAGUAGCUUCUUUAAAAAAUAAAGGUAAAGUUACCCUUGACCGUUAGGUCCAGUCGCGGAUGACUCUGGGGUUGCGCGCUCAUCUCGCUCUAUAGGCCGAGGGAGCCGGCGUUUGUCUGCAGACAGCUUCCAGGUCAUGUGGCUAAGCCGCUUCUGGCGAACCAGAGCAUCACACGGAAACACCGUUUACCUUCCCGUCAGAGCAGUACCUAUUUAUCUACUUGCACUUGACGUGCUUUCGAACUACUAGGUGGGCAGGAGCUGGGACUGAACAAUGGGAGCUCACCCUGUCACACGGAUUCGAACUGCCGACCUUCUGAUUGGCAAGCCCUAGGCUCUGUGGUUUAGACCACAGAGAGAUACAGAGAGAUAAAUCAGUUAAAAGCCAGAUUUAAAAUGAUGCACCAUACAGAAUCUUAAAACUGUUCGUCCAACAAUCCAGUGAAAAGGACGAUCCCUCCCCAUGCCCACUAAAAGAUGAGCACCACAAUGGAGGUGAAGAACCACCAAAGCCCAAGCAAAUAGAAAGGUUUCAGGCUUGCACCUAAAAGCUGACGGGGGGAGGAGGAGCUGACUGCUCUUGGGACUCAGGCAUGGUUUGGGCCCCAAUUUAGGGCUCUGUGGGAACCAUAUUUUGUAUUUCCUUCAAACCAGCAAAACCAGAAAUUGUUUCUUUUUCCAAAUGGAAAGUUACUGUGCUAAAUGAGAUUUCUCAGUUGGGUCCUUCCUUGCUGGGGUCUGGGCUUGGGAGCACGGCUACCACCUGCCCUUCCUUUGGUGGAGAACAAAGAUCUUUGACCUUCAGCCUUCUUGUUUGGAGGAGAGGGAUGAUGUCCCUCUGAGCUCUCUCAAUGCUCCCAAGAAGGUGAUGGUGUGGGGCUCGCCAAGGUUUCUACCCCUGUUCACUCAGCCCCCAACCCCACUCCAUGCCAAGCUACCUGACCCAGGAAUUGAAUGGGUCUUAAUGCAGGCAUCUGCCAGGCUCUACCAGGGGCUGGGGAAAGACUGGGCAUUUUUACUGGCCAGGGAAAAGUUCUUUCCAGCACAAGGCAGAGAGGCUCCUUCCCUGUCUCUUGAACAAAUCAGAAUUCCAACAUAUACACCCAAUUAGGAUCUUUCUGGUUCUCCCUGUAGAAUUAAUUGUGUCCAGGCUUCAGGCAUAUUGCUGGUGUGUCAAAGGGUUUGAUCCUGACUGUUGUGUUCUGUGCUGUGCAUGUAGGACGUAAAGGGGUCUUCAGCGGCGCCUCUGGGCUGCAGAUUGCCUACCUCAGUGGGACUGAGUCCACAGGGGGGGAACCAACUCCAGCCCACUGCUUCAGCACCAAGGAUGUGACUGAUCUCAAAACCUCCCUGCUGUCUGCCUCUAAGUUCAAAGGCGUAGACAUCUUGCUGACAUCUUCUUGGCCAAAAGGAGUAGAAAUCUUUGGAAAUAGCCCUGUAAGUAUCCAGUUUUGGGUGGGAGGGGCUUGUAUGUUCUGUUCCAUAGAAAUCCACAUUCUGGAUUGGUGGUGGUGGUGAUUGUAAAUCUGUGCUUGAAAUUAUACACCACUUUGGAAAAGCAGGAACAGUAAGGAAUACCACAAAGUCAACUGAAAUAAAAAUAUGUGGUGAUGUGCAAUACUUGAACCCAGAGGAUGGCAAUAGAUAAAUGUGGCUCAGCGUUGGAAGAAAAUAAAUGCUGACUACAAGAGUGGGAUGCAGGCAUAAUAAAUAAUUUUUGCAGUGACAAUAAAGGAACAGGAAAUAGCCCAACCCUUUCUAAAAUGGAGAAAGGAAAUGCAUAACAGUAUAUCCAAAACUGUGGUAAACAGUUAUCAAACCAAAUGCUGUCAUUGUUUCAAAAGUCUGAGAGAAGAAGAAAGUCUCCAUUAAAUUGAGAGCCAGAUGUGCUUCUGGCUGGAGACCCUUCUCAGGCUUGGGGCCACCAUGGGGAAGCCACCAGGCACCAGCCUGAGAUCAGACGAAGGGGGGUGCAGCACGAGGCCCCCUUCAGAGACCUCCACAGGUGAGCUGUUUACCAUGGCAGCCAGACAGCCUUUCAGCAGCCUGGCCCAGAUGUGGAGGGGGCUGUGCUGGAGGGAGAGGCUUUCUAGGAAGCAGGUUUACUUUCCCCAAGAAAACAAUCCUUUCCUUCUGCAGUUCACAAACAUGGGCAGAGGGGGACUUACUUUCUUUCUUUGGGCUGCUAACAAAUCCACAGAAAUGUGAAACAAAAUGUGUGUGUUUGUGUUUUAAACAGGGUGACAUAGACACUAAGAAAUGUGGCUCCGGCCUGGUGUCUUUACUAGCUGCGAGUCUGAAACCACGGUACCAUUUUGCUGCCCUGCAAAAGGUCUAUUACGAAAGGCUUCCCUACAGGUACGCAGAGCCUGGGAUCGCAGUUUGCUGACUGGCUGGUGUCUCUGUGUUGAUGCAAUCCCAUGCAUUAGGCCAGGGAGGAAUAUUGUUUAUUAUUAUUAUUUAUAUGAUAACUAUUGCUGUGCAUAAGUGGCCUCUUGAAAUUCUCCAAGCAGUUUCUUUGCAUUGAGUCCUCUUGGAGAGGCAGAGGGGGAAUCUGCUUGCUACCCUGAUGUUUUGGGAUUUUACAGAAUUCCAAAUUUGUUCUGCAUUGAUGGUUCCACCUGUAGCCCAUCUCGUGCCCCUCCCAUAACUGGAAAAUGGUGCUGUGAAGCAGGACACCUUUCAGCGUGGGAGUUUUGGAAUCUCCUUUCCUGGAGGCUUUCAAUGAGUGACUUGCUGAGCUGCUCUGGAAGAAGCUGAACUCUGUCCAGAUUCCAUGUUGACCUGUGCAUGGCACUUCUUUGGUUUCUCUGAUUCCUGCUGGAAGUGGCCUCACUCUUCUCUUCUGCAGGAACCACGCGGUUCUCCAGGAGGCAGCCCAGCAUGUCAGCAGGUUCAUCGCCUUGGCCGGGGUGGGCAAUUCCGACAAGAGGAAGGUACAGAGAGUUCCAGGGACCCUCCUGUCUCCUCUGAUGAGAAUUGUCAAAGUAAUCACCGUUUCAUUGAUGGAAACAAGUCAGUUGUUUGUGUUUCUCCUGACUCUCUUUGCUGUUCGCUUUCUCCAGUAUCUCUACGCCUUCAGCAUCCUCCCAAUGAGCUCCAUGGAGCCUGCAGAGCUGGUCAAGCAGCCGCAAGAUGUGACGGAGAACCCCUAUCGAAGGCCUGGGGGCGGCAAGAGCUGUGCCCACCUGCUGCCGGAUGAAAAGGUACUGGGGGUGGGGGCUGCACACGUGCAUUUCCAGCAGAGCCCCCCCCCCCCCAAUUUGCCUCUGCAUUGGAAUUGUCUUCACAAACUUUAAUUGGCUUAUCACUAGUGUGUUUCCUGCCCUGAGAGGAAGGUGGGAUAUAAAUCUGGCAUGUUUAAGAACAUGUAAGGAGAGCCCAGCAGCAGGAUCAGGCCAAAGGGGACCCAUUCAUUCCCACAUCCUCUUCCUCUCUUAUGGCCAGCCAAGUGUCCACUAUGGGGAGCCCCCAAGUGGCACGCCAGCAACUUGCGAUGCCCAGCAUUUGGGAUCGGGAGGGUUGGCCAUUUCUGACCGGCUGGGUGAUAGGCACAUGGGGGAGGGAGGUUGCGGAGCUGGUGGCUUCAGCAGCCAGGGAAUGGUCAGUAGAAGGGGCCAUUCCCUUUUCUGCUUCCAGAAGAUCCUGGCCAGAAUUCACUUCAUGCGCAACAGGACUGCCACUCCCCCCCCUGCAUCCCCCAAAAACAGCUCAUGGGGGGAGGACAGGGGAGGUUGUUCCACCUGGGGAGCUGAGAUGCUUUGUCAGACACAGCCUUCAUCCUGGCACAACAAUGAGUUCCACUGAUCCUCCCUCUGCACUGCACAAGAGUUGAAUUUGGAUCAUCUCCCAAGUUUCCUCCGAAAGAAACUUCCAGCAGGCUGUGCCCUGUCUGCUCGUCCUGCUGCUCACUAUUUUGGGGCUCCCCAGUCCCGCUUUGCAGCUCCUUCAGAAAAGAGUUUUGUUCCUAGGGUUCCAGAGGAAGGAUUGCCAGGCCUCACGGUACAUGGAAGCAUGUACCUUCCCCAGUCUGCUCUCCAGAUGGUGGCUUGAUAGCAGCCCUUCUCCUUUGCUCUGCAGGAGGAGCCGGCUCCCCAGUUCUUCUUUGACUUAAGCAGCAAGCCAAAAGGAAGGAAGCGCCGACCAGAAGGUGGGGAGGGGCAGCAGCCCAAGCGUGCCCCCGGCAAGCCCCGUGAGUACCAGGCCCACACCUCUCUCCAUGGGCUGGCAGCCCCUCGGCCAGUCGGGGGACAGAGGGUGGACUUCUCCCUUCAGGCCAGGAAUUGGAUUUGCCUUUUGUGGGGUCGUUUCCGCACUUCUUCCAUGGAGACUCUGACUGGGCGGCAGGCAGAGAACAGAGCCACUUAAGGGGGAGGCUCUAGACUUGCUACUCACUUGUUACAACACAGUACAAAACAUAAAGGUAAUUGCACUACACCAUUAAAGAGCACACACACACAGUGGAGGCAGCAGCAGGCGACCUUGCUGGGGAAUGGACUCUGCAGAUGUGGAGCCACAGCAAAAAAGGCACUUCUCUUGCACCACCCUCCCAGUCUCCCUCAGGGGGUCUGGCAGGUCUCUUUUGUGGGAGAGGGGUUCCAGAAGAUAAUAGGGUCCUAAUAAUAAUAAUAAUUUCUUAUUUAUACCCUGCCCAUCUACUGGGAUUGUCCAGCCACUCUGGGCAGCUACCAACAGGAUGAUAAUACGAAUAAGAAUAAUACAUGAUAAAACGUUAGGGCUAAUCCCUAAUUCACAAAGAGCUUCCUGGGUCAAAACCAGCCCUUUGAAUGAGGCUUGGAAGUGUCCAAUCACUUCCAAGCGGAGCUGCAACAGGAUUCACGUUAUAGGAUCUGCUUGCCUCCAACCUGUCAACUGUCAAGCAGCUGCACAAAUUCAGCCUUCCAAGCCGCUUCCAAGGGCAGCCCCCCAAUGAAGCACAUUGCAGUAGUCCAGCCUUAGGUUGCCAAGUUCCCCCUGCCCAGAGGGUUCCCGUUAGGCUACUAUCCUAUCCUGAGAGAAGGGAGUUGUCUGUGGCUGGCUGGUGAAAGAGUCUUCCCACCUUGGAUGGGCUUUUGAUCCUCAAGGGAGUGGGCUCCCUUGCCUGAGUCAAUUUGAGCCCCCUCGUAGCACAUGCCUGUUCUCUGCCUGUGGGGCUACACCUGAGAUCCCCAUUGUGCUUGGGAAGAAGCAGUGGCCAUGCCUUGGGGGCUCAGGGGCAAGAAGCGAGAAAAUGUCAGCUUCCCCACAUGAGUCCAGUACAGCCUUGGCCUGCAGGAGGGUCUUUCUGGAGGCCUGGCCCACCAAGUUGCCCAGAGGAAACAGUGCUCUUGCUGCCUCCUGCUGGCCAUCCUGCGACACAUGUGUGAGUGUUUGUGUCUCUCCCCCCUCCACCUGCCUGUUUAAGCUCUGCCAACGGCCGCCUGCUGGUUUUGCCUUGCUAGCCCAGAAGUCGAGAAGCAUUUGGUGGUGAGCAUCGGCACGCACGUGAGUCUUUCUUUCCGCCUUGGUCCCUUUCGGAGCUUGCCGGGCAUUGUGUGGGUCUGAGGUGGACUCACAGCUGAGGACAGGAGUUGCUGCAGCAUGACUGAGAUGCAGCGAGGCUGGCCAUGACUUGGCCUCCUGGAGGGGAGGCUGCUGGGAAGCCUGGCAGGGAGGCUUGGUUCCCUCUUAAAGGACUUCCCGGGGUUUUCUGUCCCGUCCCUGGAUGCUCUUGAGCUGCUCUUUGGUAUCUCUCAGUGUGCAAGGAAGCAGCAGCUGAUCCGGGGAAACCUCAGUAUGACCACAGGGAGAGCCGCCUUGGGACUCUGGGCUGCUUCAGCUUUGACCCGGCUGGUGUCACUGCCGGAGCUAGCGGGGUGGGGUGCUCACCCUUUGUGUUCCUCUGCGCCUGGUUCUGCUGCAGUGCUACCUGGCCCUAGCCAAAGGGGGCUUGACUCCAGACCACGUCCUCAUCUUGCCCAUUGGGCACUGUCAGUCGAUGGUGGACCUGGCAUCAGAGGUGGUGGAAGAAGUAGAGCAGUACAAGUCCGCCCUGAAAAGGUUCUUCGGGGCCAGAGGGAAGAGAUUCGUGGCCUUUGAGAGGAACUACCGCAGUCAGCACCUCCAGCUCCAGGUGAGAGGCCUCUGGGUUAGUCCCUCAGGAACCGGCGAGGGAUGGCCAUGGGCGUGAGAGCAGGGGGUGCUCCUUCUUCCUUCCUUCUGGGGAGCAGAUUGCAGUUGCUGCUGGGCUCUCGGAGCCUGGCCAGCUGUUGUGGCAGUUCUGCGUAGCCGGCCAGAGACAGUGUCUGAGCGGCGUCUGGCUGUCACAGAGAGUGUGGAGGAGGCCAGUUAGCGGAGGGCUCCUGGAGGGUGCAGAGUCCCCGGCUGCUGCUGCUCACCUCCUACAGCUACAGGAAAGCUUUCCUUUCCUUCUUUCCUCAAAUUUCAUAAGUUUAAGCCUGCAGGAGAGGCUCUCUGCCUUUCACCAUGAUGACAAGCUGUGCUGAGGGACGCCCUGUGGGCCCCUGUGAUGGUACUCUCAGCUUGCUUUGCAGUUCUGCUCUUAGGCUGCGAUGCACCAUGCCAACUCCUCUGUGCCGAUUCUCAUCCCCCAGGUGGUUCCUGUUCCCCUGAACUGCUGCACUACGGAAGACAUCAAGGAGGCCUUCAUCGUCCAGGCAGAAGAGCAGCGGAUCGAGUUGCUGGAGAUCCCAGAGCACUCGGCUCUCAAGCAGGUAGAAGGAGCACACCAGGGUCUCCUGGAGCCACGAGGUCCAUUUCAUCCGUAGCGAGGCUGGAGCUCCCCCUCCUUGGAGCAACCCCUUUGGGUGGGCCAUGCUCAGAGACGGCUGGUGGCUGCAUGCAGCCACCUUUUUAUGCAAAAUUCAUCUGGAUGUCCAGGAAUCAGAAUUGCAGGGUUGGAAGGGACUUCAAGGGUCAUCUGGUCCAGGAAUCACAGCUAAUCCAGGGGACCUCAGUCACUAGUCCUUCCUUUGCCGCCUGCUCCAUAGUCACUGACUGCAAAGUGGCUCACCUAACCUGGAGCCAUUUCUGCUUCUCUCCCCAUCAGCCGAGAGGGACACUCAGAGGGAAGUAGGCCUAUAGCAGGGCCCUUGGGGGGGGUCAGGUGUAAUCAGAGGAAGGCCUGAGAGUCAUGGAGGCCCAGCAUCUGCUGCUGACAGAUCCUGAACGGGAGUCCUUUUGGCUUCCCCUUCCUACGUUGUGUGAAGACUCCUCUUCAGUAGCCAUUUGGGCAGCUGCCCAGACCAUCUGUGUCCUGGGCCAGCCAACAGAGCCACCCACCGGGGGGGGGGGUGAGGGAGUAUUGGCCUCUCCAUCACUCUGUGGUUGCUUUAAGGGUCUCCAGAUUUCCUGGGUCCUGCUGCAGCCAUGAAUAAUAAUAAUACAGUGGUACCUCAGUUUUUGAAUGUAAUCCGUUCCGGAAGACCAUUUGACUUCCAAAAUGUUUGAGAACCGAAGCUGCAAGUUGGCUGCAAGUGGGCAGGGUCCUACCUUACCCCUGGCAUAUUUGCUGCCUUUGGGUCAACGGGCAGGAUAAACUUAGCAAAUAACUUGCUGAAACCUCUUCCAAGGCUGGGCCCAGCACCUCCAGCUCAGCCUGGGGCUGGCAAGGCAAGGAGGAGGCUGCUCUGGUGUUCUGUCCACUCUGAGCCCUGGGGUCCCAGCAGCGGAAAUGCUGCCCCAGAGACGUUCUGAGGCUUUGGGUUUUGUCUUUCAGAUAGUCCAGCCAGGGACGCCUUAUUUCUAUGUGGAGCUCGAUAAUGGGGAGAAGCUCUUCCACCGUAUUAGGAAGAGCUUUCCCCUCCAGUUUGGAAGGUUUGUCAUUUGUCCCCACCCCCAGUAACAGGGGCUCUGCACAUGCUGGGUGGUUGCUGAGCCCCAGGAUUCUCUUGGUCAGAGAAUCCUAGAAUUGCAGAGUUGCAAGAGAUCCCAGUUGUCAUCCAGCCCAGCCCCCUGCGACGUGGGAAUCUCAACUGAAACCAUCCAGCCUCUGCUUGGAAACCUCCAGUGUCUCUGCCCCUUCAACCUCCCCCAGCAGAAGAGUGGUUUGGGGAGGGGGCAGGAAGCCAACUGCUCUGUGGGCCUGGUGGGGUUGGGGGCGCUUGAAGAGAGCAGGCUGGGCUGACGCUUUCCUGGGUGUCCUCUCUCUCCCCUCAGGGAGGUCCUCGCCAGCGAAGCCAUCCUGGCCAUGCCUGGGCGGGCAGACUGGAGGAGCUGCCAGGCGGGGCAGGAGGAAGAAGCCACGGCAGCCCAAGACUUCCGCCAGGCCUUUGAGCCCUUUGACCUCGCCCAGGAAGAUUAAGGGCCAGGGCGGGAGUGAGCAGGCGGCAGCACAGACCGGCUGGAUCCUGCCCUCUCUCUUCCUGUGAGGAGCCUCCUUUCCCUCCCUGCGGGGGCUCUUCUUCCACAGCCACAGAGACUUCCUGCGUGGAGGGAGGGUGGCCAGCCACAUCCACCUGACCUUCCCCCCCCACCCCGGAUCAGCUACCAUUGGCCUGUCUGGCUUCCAGAGCAGAGGUGGCUGCUGGGUCUAAGUGGGGGGCCUGCGCCCAACUCCAGAUUGUGCUGUGGAGGAAAGGAAGGCAGCUGUUCCCUCUGAAACGGAGGCAGACUCACCCCACACAGAGCAUCUCCUAUGAGGUUCAGGGAGAGAGGGGUCUCUCUCUGCUACAGGAUCCUCCAGGGCACCCAGGCAGGAUGGGCGUUAGAGGCCAUGGCAGGACAGACUCCCCUUCCGCUCUUCAUGGCUUUGUUUCAGCUCAGAAGAUGCUGCUCCUUGUUUCUGCUGGGAAAUAUUAACUGCCGGCCAAAGGCGGAUUCCUAAGGAUUGCUCUGAGGAGGGUGUAUAUAAUUUGAACAUAUGUUGGAUUGUUGUACUGUAAAAAAAAGUGUUUUGUCAUAAGAAAAUCCUCAAAUAAAAGGGUGUUUUUAUAUAUUUAAAUACAUGAGCUG